GGCUUUACCGUGUGACUCCUUGGUGCCAAAGCUAUGGACAACAUAAAAACACAUUUUACACGCCGUCACUACGAGUUCAUCUUUCAAGGCUGCAGCUUUGAAAUGUUAAAGAUUUUGUUGUUUUUUUUUGCGACCACCUGCGAAGUUAACGAUCCAGAAAUGUUUUAAGACAGAAAAAAAUCUGCUUUGGAUCACGUGUCUGAUAUUUUACCACAAAAAAUAUCAAUUGUCAAGUACAUUCUAGAAAUUACAAAUGCACUUUGAGUGUACAAAUACUCUCAAGUUUGUGUUGGACAAACCUCCAGCAAUAAGAAAAAGGAGAUACAAGAUGUUCUAGUGCUGGUAAAACUGUGACUGCAUUGUUAAUCACUCCAACAUGUUGGCUUCAAUUCUUGUUUAUUUGAAUAUCUAAAAAAAAAAUCUGGACGAAAGGUAAAUAAUGAGAUUUAGUAAACAGCUUGACAGCGAGAGGGAUCCGAUGUGAAGUCCCCUGCAUCACUCUCUGUGAUCUGUUUUCUCCUCAGACAUCAACCUGGCUGGAGAACCCAAACCACACCGGUCAAAAACCUCCAAGCGCUCAGCUGGAGACAUGUACAGCAGUUCCUCAUUUGAACUCGACUAUGACUUUCAGAGAGAUUACUACGACAGGAUGUACUCGUACCCGUCCCGUGUCCCCGCUCCCCCUCCUCCUCCCCCGUUGUCGCGGGCCGUGAUCCCGUCCAAGCGCCCGCGGGUCAGCCUGAGCGGAGCAAGCAGCCGGCGAACAAAGAGCAGCUUCUCCUCUUCCUCCAAGAGUGGUCAGAGGACUUCCUCGUCCAAAACAAUGAAAGUGGACGAGCUGCAGACCAUCAAGCGGGAGUUGAGCCAAAUCAAAAGCAAAGUGGACGACCUGCUGAACAGCCUGGAGCACAUGGACAAGGACCACAGCAAGAAGUCGGGUAUGGGGGGAAAACGCAAAGCUAAGGGCCUAAAAACGGAGCCGGGCGAGGUGACUUCACCGCCGCACACGAGCAACAAGGACGACAUGACGAAGAGAGACAGAGAGUGCCAGGAGCUGAACGACUCUGACGAAGAGGACGACGAUGACGAUGGAGACCUGCUGGAGGAGGAAGAGGUGAAGAGUCAAGAGAGGGAGGAAGAAGAGGAUGAUGAGGAGGAGGAAGGAGAGCACGUGGAAGGCGACGACGAUAUCGAAAGUGUCAACGGCGAAGAGGACUCGUAGGCGCGGACUCCAGCGACGCAUGCAGUGUACACACAGCUUCCAGUAGGAACUUGGACUCCGGUUUUAACACGCGUGUUGUAGAGCAAACACACUCAAGCAUGGUGCACACACACACACACACACACACACACACACACACACACACACUGUUGUCCGUAAAGCCGAUUUAGUUUUUUUUUUUUUUUUUUGUUUUGUCCAGUGUUGCUGUACCAGGAAUAACUAUCUGUGGGUUUCGGUAUGUGUUUUUACUGCGUCGUUGCUUGCCCUCAGGAGGAGACGGAAACACAAGACUGUUAAUGUUCUCAGAGACGACAGCUCGACGGACAUGUCUUAAUGCGAGGACAGACAUUCAGCUGCGAAAGGCCGGUUUUAGGUUCCGUGUGUUUGUUUUUCUUCAUCGGUGUGUUUGUUUUGACCUCGUGUGUCUGUAUGUUAAGGUCUGUUUUUUUAUACUAUUCACAACUGUAAAGGAAUAAAUUGCAAUAAAAUAUAAAAAUGGAAA